GGGGGGGACGUAAAUAGUCCCAAAAUGUCAAUGAGAAAAAUGUUAAUGUAGAGGGAAGGUAGUUUAAUGAGAGAUGGGAAAGCGAAUACAUGUUUGUGCUUAAUGGAGACAAAUCGGUAUGUCUUCUUUGCAACGAGGCAGCGGCAGUGCCCAAGGAAAACAAUUUACGUCGACACUUAAGACAACAAGCACGGAGCUAAGUAUGCUAACCUUAGCCACCAAGAAAGGCAACAGAAGACCCGAGAAUUUAAAAAGCAGCCUGAAGCCUCAGCAGAAUAUGUUGCUAAAGUUACAGCAAAAACGAUGCAGCGGUGAAAGCCGGCUUAUUGUGGCUGAAGAAAUCGCCCGAGCUUGAAAGUGUUUUUCGGAAGGUGCAUUUUUAAAGCAGUGUAUCCUGAAGCUGUGUGACCAGAGAAAGGCUUUCAACAACGUUAGCUUGUCAAGAAACACUGGUAGACAGAGUCAGGGAACUAGCGGAAAAUCUGGCUGAAGAAGACAUCUUCAGUGAGGAGAAGUCUCCAAGUAAAAUGAAAUUACCCUUGGAGAAGUUAGUGAGGCUUAUUAUCGAUGGCGUGCCCGCCAUGUGUGGUGAGAGAAUUUGCUUGGUUGGACUGGUGAAAAAGAAAAAAGCAAAACUCCUGAUAACUUAUCUUUCAAUGCUAGUUUUAAAUUAUUAUUAAAGGCAAUAAUAAUUGAAUACAGAGGCAAUUAUGUAAUAUGAGAAAGUAGAUACAUUUAUAAAGUCUUACAGUUACAACUGGCCCUUUGAGGUCAAACACAAUACUGAUGUGGCCCAGGAUGAAAUGAGUUUGACACCCCUGGUCUAUGGGAUCAAAUAACAUAAUCAUGUUAGACAUUCAGAGAUUGACUGAAACUAAGCAAGAAAACUAAUGUGGUGGGGUAAGGUUAGGGGGUGUCUUUUUCCAAGCUUUGUCUGGGGGAAGUCUACAGUAUCAAGCUUUGGAAAUCCCUCAUGUGGAGGAAAGCGAACAGAAGUCAACCACUGCAGUAAUGGCUCCCCCGGGUGUAUGUAUGAACAUUAUCAAUGCACGUCAUAUGAAAGAUGGUUAUGGGACCGUCACCAACCCCAUGAAGUUCCUCAACCAAGACUUCCAGCAGUUGAAAGAGUACUGUCUCAUCCGACGGGUAAGGUACAUCGAUGACAUGUUCCCCCCUGACAGGAACUCCAUUGGCCAAGGAAUACUGAGCCCCUCUGACCUGGCCCGAGUUGUGUGGCUGAGACCAUCGAAAAUUGUUCCCAAUCCAUCUUUUGUUGUUGACGGGGUCUCCAGAUUUGACUUUGGUCAAGGCGUGGUUGGAGACUGCUGGUUUCUUGCAUCUAUUGGAGCUCUGACAUUCCAGAAUUACAUCCUUGAGCAAGUCGUUCCUUUUGAUCAAAGCUUUGAAAAGGACUAUUGUGGGAUGUUCCACUUCAGGUUCUGGAGGUUUGGAAGAUGGGUGGAUGUUGUCAUUGAUGACAAGCUACCAACAAUCGAUGGCAGACUAAUUUUCGUCCACUCCAAAGAUCCAACUGAAUUCUGGCCUGCUUUGUUGGAGAAGGCCUAUGCCAAGGUGUGUGGUUCCUACUCAGACAUGAAUGCUGGAACUCCUUCUGAGGCGUUGGUGGACUUCACUGGUGGUGUCCACAUGUGCAUCCAGCUGUCAGACCCUCCUGCAGACCUGUGGGAGCUGAUGUACAGGGCUGGCCAAUCCAGGUCCCUGAUGGGAUGUGGCACACCUCAGGGGGAGACAUCUGCCAACACUGUGCUACCAAAUGGUCUGGUCCAAGGCCACGCCUAUGCUGUCACAGGUGUGAAACAGGUGAUGAGCCGAGGGCAGCUCGUGAACCUGGUGCGUUUGUGGAACCCCUGGGGCCAAAAAGAGUGGAAUGGAGACUGGAGUGAUGAGUCACCUUUGUGGCAAACUGUGAGUCCUCAGGAUCGUGAGAUGUGCCUUGCAGUGGGUGAUGAUGGGGAGUUUUGGAUGACCCUGGAAAACUUCUGUAAGUUCUACUCGGAUCUCGACAUCUGCUGCCUGUGUCCUGACUUCCUUGAUGGAAGCGCUUCCUGCCACUGGAAGACCUCUUUCUAUGAGGGCAGAUGGGUUGCAGGAACCACUGCUGGAGGAUGCAUGAAUAAUCUUGACAGCUUCUGGACUAACCCACAGUAUCGGAUCAAGAUUGACAAAUUACUCAGUGAAUGUUCUGAGAAACAGGUUGAAAAAAACAUGCUGGUGUCUCUCAUGCAAAUUCCUGACAAGAGGAACAGACGCCUGGUCCAAAAUCUCCACAUUGGAUUCUCAGUGUUUGAGGUGACGGACGAAUACAAGGCAAACAGGGGGAAGUUCCCAGCAUCUUUCUUCAGCAGAAACAGACCUGUUGCCCAAACCAAAACCUACCUGAAUGCACGUGAGGUGAUGGAGUUCUUCAUGCUAAAGCCUGGUGAAUACCUGAUUGUGCCUUCCACCUUCAGUCCCAACGAGACAGCCUCCUUCAUCCUGACCAUCCUGUCCAAAGCAGAGACCCACGUCCAUGAGAAUUCUGGUGGCCAUGACCACAUGGAAGUAGAAGAGCCUGCACCAGUCAAAAAUGGAGUGGAUGACGAAAAUAAGAGAAACUUUUUCCGUCAGUUCUCUGACAAGUAUGAAGAAGUGAAUGCUGAGCAGCUCCAGACAAUUCUAAAUGAUCAAAUCCUGAAAGGAGACUUGAAAUCUGGAGGCUUCAGCAUUGAUGCCUGUCGCAGCAUGGUUGCUCUGAUGGAUACAUCUAUUACAGGCAAACUGAAUGGUGAGGAAUUUGUGCGUCUGUGGAACAAGAUCGUCACGUACAAGGACAUUUUCUUCCGUUCUGAUGUUUCACAAACAGGAACACUGUCUCUGAGUGAGCUCAGGAAUGCAGUCAUGGCUACAGGAAAGAGGAUCAGCGAUGACAUGCUGAAUCUGAUGGCUCUGCGCUACGGUGCCGCCUCUGGACACAUAACACUGGAGAGCUUCAUCAGUCUGGUCCUUCGCUAUGACUGCAUGUACCCCUUCAUGAGUGCUGCCAGGGUGUCAACUGUGGUAAUGUUCCACCUGGAGAUGUCGUCAAGUGAUGCCAUACGCGACACUGAACCGAGCAGUUGGACUUCAUUAUCAGAAACACCAGAUGGGAAUGCCUGGAAGAACCAAGAAUGUGGAGUAGCAUAUGACAUCAGCAGAGUCUCCAUGGCGACCACCUGGCUGUCAGAGAAGUUCUUGCAGACUUUGAGUUUCUCCAGGAUGAGAGGAUCAGAGUUCUCGAUCUCCACCUUGGUCCUGCCCCUCCUCAGUCUGGAGGCAUGGAUCAGGCCCCUGAUCCUGGUUUUUGUCAUUUUCUGCACUGAUGUACACGUGAAGCCUUGUAGCACAGAAGGAGAAAGCCUGUGGGAGAGAACAGAAAACCACAAAUAAGGUUAACAGGCUCUGAAU